AUGUUCUUCGAUGAAGUAGCGAACUUCAAAGGAGUUAAAAUUAGAGCAGUCCUAGUUUCAAAAACAGGUCAACACUACCCAAUAUCGGUAAAGAUUAGGUUUCCUUACACAAAUAACAUAGCAGAAUAUGAGGCUUGCAUUCUCGGGCUUAGGAUGGCAGUAGACAUGGACAUUAAAGAGCUAUUGGUGAUAGGAGAUUCAAAUUUGUUGAUCCAUCAGGUGCAAGGAGAAUGGACCACAAAGAAUGUCAAAAUCCUUCCUUAUGUGGAAUGUGUUAAGGAAUUGAGCAAAAGGUUUAUGAAGAUCGAAUUCAAGCAUGUCCCUCGAAUUCAAAAUGAGUUUGCUGAUGCCUUGGCGACACUAUCUUUAAUGAGUCAGUAUCUAGAUAAGAAUUACAUUGAUCCCAUAAAAGUGGAAAUACACGGCCAACAAGCCUAUUCUUUCCAUGUAGAUGAAGAGACAGAUGGAAAGCCGUGGUACUACGACAUUAAGAGGUUACUUAGAGCAGGAGGAUAUCCAGAAGGUGCUACUGACAAGUAG